CGCUGUGCGCGCGCUGGCCCGGCAGCAUGGCGGCGGCGGCGGGCGCCCCUCCGCCGGGUCCGCCGCAACCUCCUCCGCCGCCGCCGCCCGAGGAGUCGUCGGACAGCGAGCCCGAGGCCGAGCCCGGCUCCCCGCAGAAGCUCAUCCGCAAGGUGUCCACGUCGGGCCAAAUCCGCCAGAAGACCGUCAUCAAGGAGGGGAUGCUGACCAAACAGAACAAUUCAUUCCAGCGAUCAAAGAGGAGAUACUUUAAGCUUCGAGGGCGCACGCUGUACUACGCAAAGACCGCGAAGUCGAUCAUAUUUGAUGAGGUGGACCUGACAGAUGCCAGUGUGGCCGAAUCCAGCACCAAAAACGUCAACAACAGUUUUACGGUCAUCACUCCAUGUAGGAAACUCAUCUUAUGCGCUGACAACAGGAAAGAAAUGGAGGAUUGGAUUGCAGCACUGAAGACUGUCCAGAACAGGGAGCAUUUUGAGCCCACCCAGUACAGCAUGGACCAUUUCUCAGGGAUGCACAAUUGGUACGCCUGUUCCCACGCGAGGCCGACCUACUGCAACGUGUGUCGUGAGGCCCUGUCCGGGGUCACGUCCCACGGACUAUCCUGUGAAGUGUGCAAGUUCAAGGCCCACAAACGGUGUGCUGUGCGUGCAACCAAUAACUGUAAGUGGACCACGCUGGCCUCCAUCGGGAAGGACAUCAUCGAGGAUGAGGAUGGGAUCGCCAUGCCUCACCAGUGGCUGGAGGGAAACCUGCCCGUGAGUGCCAAGUGCACGGUGUGCGAUAAGACCUGCGGCAGCGUGCUGCGCCUGCAGGACUGGCGCUGCCUCUGGUGCAAAGCCAUGGUACACACGUCCUGUAAAGACUCCCUACUGACCAAGUGCCCACUGGGCCUGUGUAAGGUGUCCGUCAUCCCUCCCACGGCUCUCAACAGCAUCGACUCCGAUGGCUUCUGGAAGGCCACGUGUCCUCCAUCCUGCACAAGCCCGUUGUUGGUCUUUGUCAAUUCAAAAAGUGGGGACAACCAAGGUGUGAAGUUCCUCAGAAGAUUCAAGCAGCUGCUGAACCCCGCCCAGGUCUUCGACCUCAUGAAUGGAGGACCGCACCUCGGUUUACGCUUAUUCCAGAAGUUUGACACAUUCCGGAUUUUGGUUUGUGGUGGUGAUGGCAGUGUUGGCUGGGUCCUCUCUGAAAUCGACAGCCUCAACCUUCACAAACAGUGCCAGCUGGGAGUGCUGCCCCUCGGCACAGGGAAUGACCUGGCCCGCGUGUUGGGCUGGGGCUCGGCCUGCGAUGAUGACACGCAGCUCCCACAGAUCCUGGAGAAGCUGGAAAGAGCCAGCACCAAGAUGCUGGACAGGUGGAGCGUCAUGGCCUACGAGACCAAACUCCCCCGGCAGGCUUCCUCCUCCACGGUCACCGAAGACUUCAGCGAGGGGUCCGAGGUGCAGCAAAUUCUCUUCUAUGAAGACUCGGUUGCAGCCCAUCUUUCUAAAAUCCUGACCUCUGACCAGCACUCGGUGGUGAUCUCAUCGGCGAAAGUGCUCUGUGAGACGGUGAAGGACUUCGUGGCUCGAGUGGGAAAGGCCUACGAGAAGGCGACUGAGAGCUCGGAGGAGGCAGAGGUCAUGGCCAAGAAGUGCUCUGUCCUGAAGGAGAAGCUGGAUUCCCUCCUCAAGACCUUGGACGACGAGUCCCAGGCCUCGUCCUCUCUGCCCACCCCACCCCCCACCAUUGCCGAGGAGGCAGAAGAUGGAGACGGGGCGGGCAGUGGCUGUGGCCCCACUGGGGACCGCUCGGUGGGCUCGGCGUGCCCAGCCCGGCCACAGAUCUUCCGGCCUCGGGAGCAGCUCAUGCUCAGAGCCAACAGCCUGAAGAAGGCGAUUCGUCAGAUCAUAGAGCACACAGAGAAAGCUGUCGACGAGCAGAACGCCCAGACCCAGGAGCAGGAGGGCUUCGUCCUGGGUCUCUCUCAGUCGGAGGACAAGAAAGACCCGAAGUCAGACGACAGAGUGUGCCACAGCGAGAGCUGCGGGGUGGCCAAGGGCCGGAGCCUCCGCAAAGCGUCCAAGUCCCCGUGUGAGAAGCUGAUAAGCAAAGGAAGUCUGUCGCUGGGCAGUUCUGCGUCUCUCCCUCCCCAGUCAGGAAACCGGGACGGCCUGCCAGCACUGAACACCAAGAUCCUGUUCCCGCAUGUGCGGCCUGGGAUGUCCGGCUCCUUGCCUGGCGGCUCAGUCAUCAGUCGCUUGUUAAUUAACGCUGAUCCCUUUAACUCUGAACCAGAAAACCUGGAGUGCUACACGGAGAAGUGUGUCAUGAACAAUUACUUCGGCAUCGGCCUGGACGCCAAGAUCUCCCUGGACUUCAACAACAAGCGAGACGAGCACCCGGAGAAGUGCAGGAGUCGAACCAAGAACAUGAUGUGGUAUGGGGUCCUCGGAACCAAGGAGCUGCUGCACAGGACCUACAAGAACCUGGAGCAGAAGGUCCUGCUGGAGUGUGACGGGCGGCCCAUCCCACUCCCCAGUCUCCAGGGAAUUGCUGUCCUCAACAUUCCCAGCUAUGCCGGAGGCACCAACUUCUGGGGGGGCACCAAGGAAGAUGAUACUUUUGCAGCCCCGUCGUUCGAUGACAAGAUUCUGGAGGUGGUCGCGGUGUUUGGCAGUAUGCAGAUGGCUGUGUCGCGGGUCAUCAAGCUGCAGCAUCACCGCAUCGCCCAGUGCCGCACGGUGAAGAUCUCCAUCCUGGGGGAUGAGGGCGUCCCUGUGCAGGUGGACGGAGAGGCCUGGAUCCAGCCCCCGGGGUACAUUCGGAUCAUCCACAAGAACCGGGCACAGACGCUCACCAGAGACAGGGCGUUUGAGAACACCCUGAAGUCCUGGGAAGACAAGCAGAAGUGUGAACUGCCUCGCGCUCCGUCUUUCUCUCUGCACCCGGAGAUCCUGUCUGAGGAAGAGGCCACCCAGAUGGACCAGUUUGGGCAGGCAGCGGGAGCGCUGAUCCACAGCAUCCGGGAGAUUGCGCAGUCCCAUCAAGACAUGGAGCAGGAGCUCGCCCACGCCGUCAACGCCAGCUCCAAGUCCAUGGACCGAGUGUACGGCAAGCCCAGAACCAUGGAGGGGCUGAACUGCAGCUUCGUCCUGGAAAUGGUCAGUAACAUCAAAGCCCUGCGCAGCGAGACGGAGCUGCUGCUGGCCGGGAAGAUGGCCCUGCAGCUGGACCCCCCUCAGAAGGAGCGGCUCGGGGCUGCGCUCGCGGAGAUGGACCAGCAGCUCAGGAAGCUGGCGGACACGCCCUGGCUGUGCCAGCCCGUCGAGCCCGGUGACGAAGAGAACGUGAUGCUGGAUCUUUCCAAACGCAGCCGCAGUGGGAAGUUCCGCCUCGUGACCAAGUUUAAGAAGGAGAAAAACAGCAGGAACAGAGAAGCGCGUAGCCUCCUGGGAGCCCCGGGACCUCGGCGUGACCAAGGUGGGCCACAUGAAGAGGAUCCUUUGUGGCAUCAAGGAGCUGAGCCGCAGCACCCCUGCCACCGAGGCCUAGCCUUGGCCCUCUCAGCCUGUGUGCUCUGCUCCUCCCGCGACUGAGGCCGGGCACAGCGCGUGUCCCUUCUCAUGGUGCUACUCCCCUUGCUGGCGACAGGACACCUCUCAGACACCAACAUAGCUACCUGUGAAACCACGCCUUUCCACCGGCCUCGCGUGGGCACAUGCACCACCACUGCUCGGGGCAGGCCCUGGGCCCUGGGCCCUGGGCCCCAGGCCGUCGGCUGAGAUGGCCUGUCAGGGCCGCACACCGUUGUCCUGUGGGUUCCUCUCCGCGUGCCCUUUAGUGGCGCAUCAUGUGGCAGCAUCUCCCAAGCCUUCAAACGCCGGCCCAGCCACGGCAUCCCACUCUGGAAAGUUCUGUGCCUGCCAGCCGCUCUGGGGUCUCCAUGGCAGCCCCACAAGGCCGCCCUCUGCUGAUGUCCCUGUUGAGUCAUAGGGUGUUUGAGGAGGUCCUGCCUGGCCUGGGCUGCAGGGACACGGAUGCGUUUCCAGGCCUGCGUUUUAAUUGACCUGAAGCGAGAACUCCCUCCUCAAGCUGGGUCGCUGGGUGGUUAUGCGCUGGGCCGCGAGCCCCCGUGUGUUGCCGGCCCCUUGUCCUGGUUCAUGCUGCCACCGCUACCUGAGCUGCAGGCAUGGGGACGCUGUCCCCUCUGUCCCCAGGAUGCCAUAGCCCCUGGAGUCCUGCAGGGGCCGGGAGUGGAUGGGGGAUGCGUGCGUCAUUCAGGAAGCUUCCCGGGCUGAGCAGUCCUGGGGGUUGUCCAGAGAGUCUCCGAGCCCGUGGUGGCUCCUCACCCCGUGCCGCCAGGCCCGUGUCCCCAGGGGGUGCCCUGGCCUCGCUGCCUCUGCCUUUCCCUUCCCCCUUCUGACGCAGCCGCACCUGCAGGGCUCCCCAUCCUGGAACCUGGCAAGGGGCCCACAGCCCGGCCCAACCCGACCCGCAGGGAGGUGGGUGGCAGGGAGGCGGGUGGCAGGCAGGGUCGGGGCCCCGUGGCUGGCCUCACCCUGUCGUCUGAGGGGCGCUGCAACCUCGCUGCCUCUGCCUGCCCCCGGCUCUGCGGACCCUGCUGCUGGUGCCCCGAUGGGGUGCCCGGCUGGCCCGGCCUCUGGAUCAGUGGUCCUGUGGGGGCCACGGCUGCCUGUGCCCGUGAGUGGAGGGGCAGGGGUGGGGGUGGGAGUCCCGCUCUGCAGGUGCCCUCAGCUGCCCUUGGAGGUGUGCCUGGGGCAGCUAUGUGUCCCUCCCCACCGCGUUGUCCUCUCUCCCACCACAGCCAGUUUAGAUGGAGGCAGGUGGGGAGAGCAUCCUGCCACCAAGGUCCCCCGAAUACAAAACAGAACAGGCUGACAGGUGGUCACGAGAGCCACGCCCGCAAGACCCCAAUGGCUCUGCCCUGUGGCCUCAGGCGGGGCGCCCUAGGGUUCGGAGGUCCUCCGGGCGGGCCCUGGACGGGCUGGGACUCUGGUGAGGAGUGUGCAGAGGGGAGUAGUGGGCCUCCCGGGGCCAUGUGGCACCAGGACCACCCCAUGCCCUCCACGCCCUCCCCUUGGGAAAGCCUUGGGUUUGGGUCCAGCGUGGAGUUUAAAUGACUGUGUUGUCACUGAGUAAAGCAACACUGUUUACGUAAAAACCACUUUUGUCAUCCUAGUCAGUCGGUCAGAGGUGAAGGGGAUGGCGUGAUGCUGUGUGACUCCGUCGGGGAGGGCCGGCCCCUCGCUCAGUGUCUGUUGCUGCCCGGCCGGUUGUCCCCCUGGGUCCCGGGGCUCUCGGUCCCGUCAGUGUAGAGGGAGGAAGGCAGAGUCUUGGACACGAGGUUUUGUGCCCUCGGGUGGGGCUUCCCUCCUAUUUAUGAUCCUAAUUUAUAUGGCGCCCACCGUGGGGCGGACGCCUCCCGCAUUGCUGUGUACAUACACACCUGGGUUGUAAAUACGUCGUUCUGUGUAUAAAUAAAACGAGCCUGUUUUUGACCUUGCA